AUGGCCUUUAGGUUGUAUGAGGAGAAGGACCACGUUGCAUCCUACCUGCAGUACAGAGUGACCCCUCAUGAACUGAUCGACAAGAUUAUGGACUUUAUGGGACCAAUGAAGCAAAACAAGUUCAACCUUGCAGUGGAUGUGGGCUGUGGUAACGGAAAGGGAACCGUGGCUCCCUUCUUCAACCAGGUUCUUGGGACAGACGUUAGCCCUGCCCAGCUGGAGCUGGCUCGGGCCACUAACCCUUGCCAGAAUGUCUCAUACAGGCGAAGUCCUCCAGAAGAACUACCAUUUGAGUCCGGCCAGGUGGACCUUGUAACGGCCAUGACAGCUGCCCACUGGUUUGACCGCCUGCGGUUCCUGAAGGAGGCUGACCGGUUGCUGAAGCCUAAUGGCUGCCUGGCCCUGCUGAGCAACACGAUGGACAUGGAGCUGGAGUACGGUGAUGCCACUAGCAACCUUAACAACGUCUGUAAGGAGGUUUGUCUUGGCUCCAGUUCUUCACAAAUCUACUUAGAAAUGUUUGAUUCCUGCCCCUAUCUGGACAAAGAGUGGAACGGCUGUGAAAAAGUUUACAGGAUGGUGACAGUAAACAGUUUCAUUGGUUUGGUGGAGACUUUUACCAGCUACCAGAAGCUGAAGCACCAGGAUGCUGCUGAGGCGAAGCGUCUCUCUGAUGCCAUCAGGAGCAAGCUGCUCGCUGCCAUGCAGGUGUCCUCGCCAGACACGGCACUCACCAUGGUGGUCAAGUAUUUCUACAUGCUGGCACGCAAACCUUGAUCCUUCUGACUGACCCUAAGCAACAUAAAAACAAGGAUCUCUAUUGUGGCUGCACUUCUAAGAGCUAAAUCAAAUCUGAGUAGGCAUAUCUUUGAAUAAAACUAAAGUUAAAAACAAAACUGAGGAUUUUUUAAAUUUUGCUUUUUUUUUUUUUUAUUCAAAUUCAUGGAUGCUUAAAAUCUAAAUUUUGCCUCUGCUGACAGAUGCUUAAUUCCUUUGCAGUCGUUAUCGAGAAUGGCUUUACCAAUGUGACUUUUAAAGAAUUACCUUGUU